GUGGACAGUUCAGAAAGAGAAAACAGAUUGCAAAAAGGUGAAUAUUGUAUUCAUUUUGUCUGCAUUAUUAUGUUGCCAUAAACACUUCUGUUUUUAUUUUAUUGUUAUAAGUAAAUAUUUACAGGACUGAUUUUGUGGCUGUUGUUCAUCCUUUAGGCCUUGCACAUAUCCCAGAAUCCUUCACACAUAUCCCAGCAUCCGUCACACAUAGCCCUGUAUAAGACUUUACAAAUAUCCUGACAUGUCUGUUCACAUUUGCAACAUAGUGUGGCUCCAAGUUAUAGACCUGUUUUCUCAUGGAUGGAGUCCUGUUUUGUCUUUGCUUUUGCCCAGUCAGUAAAUAUAUUUAAUAAAGAAAAUGUGGACUUUAUUUGCUUUGGUGUGUAUUUAUAUACAUCGUACCAGGGAUUGUACGGCAAGAGGGAGACAUUUGAGUGAUGGUUCUUUUUAAAAAAAAAAAUAUAUAUUUUUUUUACAAUUCUCUGCUGUGUUAACCAACUAAGUGAUGGGAGACAUUAACUGCAUGCUCUAUUGCAUGUGAAGGGAGCACUCAUUAUUAGAUUAUUUGCAAUGUCUUUUUAAUAGGUUAUUUUUUUGGAAGUUCUGUAUGAAUAGAAAUUCCGAGUCAAAGUUCUAAACCUGGAGUAGGUCACAAAAACAUUCCAUUUGUUUCUAUUUUUUACUGCUCCAUUCAUAGAACAUUAAUCAUAACUAAUCUAUGUACAUAACCAGCAUAGUGUGUUGACUUUGAUACUCGUUAUCAUUGUGUUUCCUAUAAAUUAAUAAUAAUGCGGAUAUGUUCACGACCCUACAAUACAAGGGGCGAUAUUGACAGAUAGGUACCCUCUAUCAUCACGAUUACCCGACUUACAUCACUCGUUAUAACAUUGAGACCAAUUGUAUCUAUAAAAUGUUUGUGAAACGAUCCUAGACAUUUAUUUACAUGAUAUUCACUGUUUUGAUGUGUAAAGACUAUUGUGGCCUUACACAUAUGUUUGCCAUUUUCACGGACGAAAAAUAAAGAUUAAAAAAAAAAAAAUAAUGCGGAUAUGUGAGGCUGCAACGCUGGAUUUCUGUUGGAAAGCAGUGAUAGAUCUUUUUGUUUUUGCUAACAGCUGUGAUGUUAAACAGUGCAUAACUAUGGGAUAAAAUUUGUACAAAUUUAAUAUAUUCUUUUUCUCUGUUUUUUUUUCUCUUCUUCCCAGAAGUCGUUAAUGAAAAAAUAGAAACGAUAUUAAUAAGUGAGGAAGGUGAAUGCGAUUCUGAUGAAGAGGACAUUCAGGUGGUGGAGAUUGAUCCAGACAACUGUGCAGGUGUGAUGCUAUGUAAUAUAAUGGAUCAGGAGGAUUUACUGUGAUAUCUGUGAAUACAAUAUGUCACCGUAUUUAUCAUGAUAAAUGGGUGCAGACCUGGGGUGUUGUGCUACGUUAAGCAAUAAUCUGAAACGUAUCGUUCAAUUCUGUCGUUGCUCUAUGUUUCUGACUUCUUCCAUUUUUAUAUGUAAAAAUAUGGUUUCUUAUAUCAAGGGCCUUGGGCCGAAAUCCAUCAUUAUGAAAAUCAUAUCCUUAAAGCAGACCUGUCACUUGGCAUUUUUAAAUAAAUAUGCAUCCUGUAAAACACUCUAAAAUGUUUCAUUUAACAGUUAUUGCAAUUCUAACAAAAAUAGGCCAAAAAUUACUAGCUCUCUAGUCAAUAAGCCAAUGUAUAUUUUUGAAUAACAGAUGGUUUUAGUAGCACUAUGGCAAGGCAAACCUUUUUAAAGGGACACUAUAUUCACCUGAACAACUUUAGCUAAAUGAAGCAGUUUUGGUGUAUAGAACAUGCCCCUACAGCCUCACUGUUCAAUCCUCUGCCAUUUAGGAGUUAAAUCCCUUUGUUUAUGAACCCUAGUCACACCUCCCUGCAUGUGACUUGCACAGCCUUUCAUAAACACUUCCUGUAAAGAGAGCCCUAUUUAGGCUUUCUUUAUUGCAAGUUCUGUUUAAUUAAGAUUUUCUUAUCCCCUGCUAUGUUAAUAGCUUGCUAGACCCUGCAAGAGCCUCCUGUAUGUGAUUAAAGUUCAAUUUAGAGAUUGAGAUACAAUUAUUUAAGGUAAAUUACAUCUAUUUGAAAGUGAAACCAGUUUUUUUUUUUUAAUGCAGGCUCUGUCAAUCACAGCCAGGGGAGGUGUGGCUAGGGCUGCAUAAACAGAAACAAAGUGAUUUAACUCCUAAAUUACAGUGAAUUGAGCAGUGAAAUUGCAGGGGAAUGAUCUAUUCACUAAAACUACUUUAUUAAGCUAAAGUAAUUUAGGUGACUAUAGUGUUCCUUUAAGUCAUUGAUAUACGGUAGCUUCUUUUCAGCUCAACAUCAAUACCUUUCACAAGACUAAAGUGUCAAUAACUAAAUACUGUAUAUCAGGAGCACAUGAUGAUUAUGUCAGAAAAUGCAGAAGAAUAAGUAUCAACUAUACUUUAAACACCAAAGGUGUGUGUAAAUCAAGGACAUUGAUACUUUCCUAACUCCUUUGCAGAAGUUAAAAUUGCUUAUAUUUGUCAGAAAUGUCUUCUGGACAUAAUGUUUCACAGGACCAGUUGGACAGUGAUAUACCUGUCUAUAUGACCAAUUCCCCACUUGAUAGACUGCUCUGUGGAACCCCACCAAGAGACCUGCAGUUAAGUGAGAUAAAAAAAAAGCUCAGUAUCAGUUGAAGCUGAAUUUCGAAACUGAUGUGUUUUCAUAACUUUUAUUGCAAUUAGCAGGACACCAAGAAGAUCCCAACACUAUAUCAAACCGUGACAACCAAGCAAGCCGGAGAGCUGAACAGGACAUUGAAAGUCUUGAUAUCGCUGCAGACACCGGCAGAGGUGAGUGAAAUUUCCAUUAGAAGUUAUUGGACAGGCAUCACAGAUGAAAAUUCUUAUUCGUUUAUUUACUAAAUAGCGAAUUAUAAAACACAUUUAUUGGAAAAAAUGGGUCAAAAUAUCUGAGUUGGCAAAAUUCAACAGCCUUGCUCGAAACAACUUCAUACACAACUUUUCUUAUGGUCUAAAAUGUUCGAAUUCUCACACGUUUCCCAGUUAUAUCGUUCCUGUAAGUGCCAAUACUGGCCCCCCUGAUCAUAGACAGAGACCCAAUCUACUACUUUCAUUAUACAUCAUCCAUGUUUUAACACACUUCGACUUUACUUUGAUAUAUCGGUACAUCAAUGAUAAUAGUUCAUAAUACGGAGUUAAGCAUUACUGUGUAACCCAAAAUCUCACAACAUGUAACAUGUUAAAUUCUGAAACACCUAAAGAUUUAGUCAAACAAAAUAUAAUGAAUUGAAAACAAAAUUCAUUAUAGUUCAUUUCAGUUAUAGUUCAAUAUUUUGUGUUAAAACUCCUGAUUGCCAUGUCAAAUUAGUCAGAUUUAUUUUUUAGCCAUAUUAUAUCCUCUGUUGUUGCAUUCGACACUUUUAGUUAUAACAAUGUUAGGAGACAACAGCAACAGACUCCAAAUGCAAAUGCCUAGUAACAGUUGAUUAACCUACUCAUCAAUUAGGGUUUAUCACGUAAAAAAAUUGAGUAAGGUUAAGGGCCCCAAAUUAAUGAUGUCUUUAAUUCAUCCUAUUAGUCAUUGCUUCAUUUCAAAUCUAGCAUGCUUACGUACAGAGCCCAAUAAAACAAAGCUUUGGUUACUGUCAAAAUCCUUAUGGCCUGCAGAGCAUUUUCCUGCUUGUAUUUCCAUAUGAAGUAACAUUUAAAAUAUAUACCACUCUUUUCUGACAGAUGGACCGAUGAGCAAGAAAGUGUCAGAAGAAUCCCAUGUGGCAGAGUUCAUACAGGAAGAUGGUACGGUCCAGCCCUCUGGAUUUCAAGAGAACUUUGGAGGAAUGCCUUCGAACCUGUUAGAUUCACUUCAAAUCAGAAAUGUCACAUCUACAUAUAGAUCUUAUAAAUCUGAACAAGCCAUACGUGCUUUAAAUAAGACCGUGACUAGUGACCGCAUUGAGGUCCCUUUGAAAACGAAACAUGCAGUCAGUGGUUGUGCAAAGAGUUCCACUGGAAUGUUGGCUUCAGCAGAUCGUCCUGUAUCCGCUCUCGGGAAACCUUAUGCUUGCAAUGACUGUGGGAAAGACUUUGAUUAUAAAUCCAAUUUAAUUAAACAUCAGCGAGCCCAUGCGGUUGAGAAGCCUCUUGGUCGUAAUGAAAGCAUGGUCCAGUCUGGGACCAAACCAAUUUUUUCUGUUUAUCAAAGGACAAAUAGUAGUAGGAAACGUCAUCGAUGUAACUUGUGUGGGAAACAGUUUACCUACAAAUCUCAAUUUACAACGCACCUCAGAACACACACCGGAGAGAAACCCCACAGCUGCAAUCAAUGCGGGAAGAGGUUUGCAUACAAAUCGUAUCUCAUCACACAUCAGAGGAUUCACUCAGGGGAGAGGCCACACAUUUGUACUCAUUGUGGGAGGUGCUUCACGGAUAAGUCAAAUCUACGUAAACACCAAAGUACUCAUUCAGAAGAGAGACCUUACACUUGCCUUAAAUGUGGAAAACACUUUUAUUCCAAAUAUAAUUUUACUGCCCAUCAGAGACUUCACAUGGAGAGGCCUUCUCAGGACAACUAGCUACAAUAAGAAAUGGUGUUUAUAAUAUAUAGGUACUGUGUAUAUAUAAUGGAACAUUACGGCAGGGCACAUAUGCAACACUACAUAGUUACAGUGUUUCUGCAGGCACUCUUUGUGUGACCACUGAAACUGUUAAAAAAAAAAAAAAGAAAUCCCGUUUUAUGGAUUUAUUGAAUAGACUGCAUUGGUAAUACCUCCUGAGAGGUAUUAGGGAAGGGAGAGAUACGGUUAUGGAGGGAUAGAGAGUGUCUAAAGAAAAUGGUUGUUUUAGGAAUGUUUUGGCAACAGAAAUCUACUUGUGGUUGGUUGUGUAGUAGGUAACUUCGUACAGACCAUGCUAAUAAUAAUAAUAGAGAUGGCCUACAAUAGUAUGAUGAGUUCAUAUGAAGUGAUGCAUGUAUCAUUUAUUUUUCUCGUUGGAUGUUUUUUUUUUUUUGUGGAAGACAGCAGGCUUAGGCUGGUAAAAAUGGACUACGUUGAGGUAUAUAGUAAUGUGUGAAUGGUGGGUAGCCACCUCUAUUGUCAUUCCUAGAGUUAUGACAUUCUCUUGAUUGGAAUUGCUAUAGUUGAGAGUUAGCCUGUUUAGAGUAGGGGUGAAAGGGCUGGCAGAGACACCAAUUAUUUUGAUUGUAGUAAAUGUUGCAUUGAAAAUAUCUGCAAAAAAAAUAUUGAUUAAAAAUACCUUUACUUUUCCUUUUGCAGUUAGUCAUUUUGUGGAGCAGUCCAAUGUGAUGGCACUAACUCACAGUAAUCUGUGAAGAAGCCUAUUAGGAGCGAGAGGGGUUUGUAUAGCAUACAAAACAUUUGGAUGUAUAGAGGUGGGAGUACAUAGGGGGACAGGCUUAUAGCUGUGCGAUGUUUAGAAAUUGCUGUAGUCCUUAGCAAUUGUUUACAGGGAGACAAAGAGCAUAGACUGCAAUGGUACUUGGAACCAUUGUCUCAUAAGCCACAAAAUGGCUUCAGAAGUCUCUCAUAGACUGUGUUGAGAAUAUAUUAAUAGAUGUAAUUACCAUACGCAGCAAUCCUAAUAAAACUAAGACUGUGUGCCACUGGAGGGUGAUUGGUCACAAAUUAAAAAAAGUAGGAGGGAUAUUGGGAAACACGUACAAGGUGCAGUUUGUUUACCUGUUGGUCUAACCAAGUUUAGUGUAUAGAUUUCGUAACCGUUUCAUUGGUGGAUCACUGAAAGUUCUGUUCAGAGGAAACAUUGCAUACUUGAGCCACCUAUUCAUACUGUAAAUAUACAGUAAUCAUGUUUGUGAUGCUGAGAGAGCAGGAGCUGACGUGGGACAAACAAAAUUGUGUGCUGUAAAUAAUAAUCUUAUUUAAAGAAAUAGCAAGGAUAAUGACCAGUUAUCUGGGCCCUUCCAGACGGGCACACCGGCCGGUGGAAAACUUGAAUGCAUUCUGUGUGUCCACAAACAGAAUGCCUGGCAAAAACAGACAGACUGAUGGAGCUUCUUGUCAAUCACAAUCCACAACAGCUAGAGUGUAUUCAGUACCCGUGCAUUCGGCAGAUGGCAGGAGCUCCAGGAGAAGGCAUGACAAAGUAUCAGCCCCAUCAACUGAUUUUGUUGCGAGCGAGAAGAAUAUACUUCUUUUGUAUUUGUGCCUGAGAUGUUGCCACUUGAUUGUUCAACAUAAUUUGACUUUGCUAGGAUUAGCAAGUGGUUGUUUUUUUUUUUGGUUGUUUUCUUCUUUUACUGUACCAUAACAGUUUGCAGUAAUAAUCCUGUAGAAGUGUGGUUUAAUGUUGUAACUGGAAUAUUGCACCCAGCUGCAUCUGCAAGUAACAUACUACCUCAUGGCACAUGACAAGAAUAGAUUAAUGCACCCAGUAGUUAUACUAAAGACUGUUUGAACCUUAAUGAUAACAGAAGAAAAGGAGAGAUGUUCCGUGAAGUGUAGGAAUUCAUGAUUGCCGGUAGCAAAACCAAUGGACACCUGGGCAGAACAUGGAGCCUGUCUACCACUUUUGUUCCCAUGGUGUCUAAGCGUGUACAUGUUGCUGGGAGCUUGUGGAUGGUGAGUGCAGUGCAAUUACCUAACCGAGGCCUGUACCCGUGCUAAGACACUGCCUAGAACCUAGAAUGUCCUACAGAAAACCACAGAAGUCAUUUUCUGUGAGAAUGUACUGGUGCUGCCCUUUUAAAGUAAUGAUGCUACCGUGGAAGCGGUACCCAGGAAGAGCACUCAGGAACCCAGGAAGUGUAUUAUGGCUAUUCUGAUAACACUUGUUUCUAUAAUGGCAGAAUAGGUGACAAAGUACUAUAAAAUAUGGUUUGUAUUGAAGUUAUAGUAGAAUAGCAUGGACGAAGACGAUGGCUAAUCUUGAUCAAUUGUUUUUUGUUUUUGUUUUUUUUUAUAACAAAUUAACACAAACUUGUCACUUUGUAAAAACCUCUUUCUUAUUGCUCCUUGUAGACUUAAAUGAUAAUUACUCCUCUUUAUUCAUAUUGAUCAUGUAAAGCCACUAAAAUCCACACAGUUAAAAAAAAAAAAAAAAAAACAACAACCCUUUUUUAAAAGAUACCACUAAUGUUGAAAUAUAUAAUUAGAAUAACAGGUGGUCCAAUGUUUAGCAAAGUGGUUAAAAAACCCCCAACCUUUAUUUAUAGCCAUAAUUAUGUGUCAAUGUUUCUGAUGACUCUAGUCUAGCGGAAGUGAAGGUACAUAGCUCCGGUGUACGAUGUCUCAGAAAGCCAAUAUGUUAUGUCACAGUGGAAUUGUUUUGCUCAGGUUAAAUAGACUUCGAUUCGCUUUGACAUAUUAAGAACCCUAUAAGGACCUAAUUCCGUCUGUGCUGUCCAUGUGUGACCAUGGAAGGUCCUGUUUUAUUUACCAUCAGAAGUUCCAUAACAUUCUGCUGUUUCUAAGGGAGACAAGUAGAGUCUCUACAGACCAGUUUGUUAUGAUGAGAUUGGUUUUGGAUGGGUUCCCUGUAUGCUUGCUGUUCUAUGAAAUCCAAGUACUUGUGUUGUAGCGUUUUUGUUUUGUUUUUUUUCCAUGGAAUCUUUGCAAAUCAUUUGGUCUUUCCUUUUCCUAGUUUAUCAAAUAUCUUUAUAUGUAGAAACUUUGCUGGUGGCCAAUCUCUGUAAUAUCAUAAUCUGGUUUAUCAUGAGUGUACUACAGUACUUUUCCGCGUGUCUAAUAACUUUGUAUCUAGUGUGGCUUGAAGAGGAUAAGUUGUCAUUUGUGGAAGGGUUAGAAAAGUAUAACUUUCAUUGGCAUUGUGUUCAUACUUGUUUCGAAUUCCAAGUUUACAGUUACAACUUUCAUUGGCAUUGUCUUCGUACUUUUGUGGAAUUCCGAGUUUACAGUUAUGAUGUCCCUUAUCUUUUGAAACAUGGUUCAUUUAAACUAGUCAUGUUUAGUACACCUCAAAGCAGGCAGUAAUAGUAUUACAGACAAUGUCUUAUGGUGAAGAUCACUAUAGAAAUACAAUGUCUGGUUCCAUGGUGAUAAAUGAGUCACCACUUAAGGAACAGUGUAACAAAUGCUUGCCCUUCGUAUGAUCAGAGUAGACAUUCUUAUGGCCAUACCACGCAUAUAUCGAUCACCUACCAGAGAACAUUAUUAGUCUUUUCAUAUUUAUAAUAAUGGCAACUGCACUGCUUGAAUUCUUACCACAUAUUCAACUGUUCUACUCAAAAACAAAUCUGAAAAGUGAACUGCAAUAAAAGUAGCUGAAUCUAGUUGAUUGUCCACAAUUUUGAUUAAAAGCACCAGACUUCAAAAACCUCAUAGUGCCAUUUAACCAUGCCACUAGAGACAGGCUCUGCAUCAUGGGAAAUGUAGUUGACAAACAUCUGCAGUGCCAAGGUUAGUCAUUACUGCUACACAAAAGUUAUUUUUUUGGCGCCUUUAGAAAUCGCUGGAUCAUCAAAUUGAAAUACUGUUUUUUUUAUUUUUUUAUUCUGGCUAUAAAUUUAGCUUAACCUUUGCUAAACAGCUAGAUUGUCAGGGACUGUCUCCAUCAUUAUUACCAGUCUGUGCCCUCACACCAUGCGACAGUUAGUGGAGCACAUUAACACUGAUAAUAAAAUAAACCGGGGGAUUAAAAGCUUCUCACUAAAUUGAGAAAUUCCAUUUUUUUGUUUUGUUUUAUUUUUAGCAAUUAGUUGUAAAAGUAUUAGUUCUAAAAGUCACGUUUGUUUUUAUUAUUUAAUGAACACUUUUGUGCUGCCUCCCCCCCCACUCCCCAUUUUUUUUUAGUUGCUAAAUGUAAUAGUUAUUUAUUGUUGCUUAUAUUUAAAAUGUUAUUUCACUACAUCAUGCUGGUUAAUCGAUUGUUCCCCCCCCACCCCACAGUUUAAAACAUGUCACUUGCACAGCUCUUAGCACCAUUAAAUGUAUUUAUUAAACCUAUCUCUAAACUUGUGCAGUUUAUAUAUUAGUCAAUGUU